AUGGUGGAGUGCAAAAUUGGCCAGUGGGUGCUUGUUCCAUUAAUCGCUAUAUUUCUUAACUCAAACCGAUAUUCAAAGGCAAUAAGGAGAACGAGCACAAGUGUGAGGCUGCUGCCAAGAAAGCAGCCGGUGGUGCAGACAAAGAAGCCUAUAACGCUGGUGAGAUUGCAUAUAAUUUUCGGUGUGAAACCUGCUCUGACUGUAGCGGUUGUCUAUGCAAUCCACAGGUCAAGCAGGCUUGCCAGGGGAUGGUUCUGGUUCCUCCCAUCAACAGGAAGAACACAACAGCCAGAGAGACAAGACGGUGCUGGCACCAUGUGUCCUCCUGAUGAAGUCACUCCUGAGCAGGAACUGGCCGCCGACCUGUUUUCAAAUUAUUUGGGACACUUGUCCCUGGAUAGGUAUGCAGCCGCCCUGCAAGAACAGUUGUCAUCGGAGCAUACCGCCAGCAUCCAGGAGUAUAUGGAUGCCAUGAAGGCUUCGGAUACAUCAUCUGGUGAUGCCCUGGACAAGCUACAUGAAGAUUUUCUUCGCCAGAUUGUGGCUAUUGAAGCGAGGAAAGAGGCUGGGCAGACACGGAAAGAUCUCUUGUACUAA